AUGGACUCGAGCGAACUGAAGCCGUACAGUCCCGAGAACCAGCUGGAGUAUCUAGAGGAUCGAUUCCAGGUUGUGGCGUUUGCGAUCCGUGCGUCGGGCGCGCGGGUGAAGGACCAGAUGAAGGAGGCAGGCACGAAACAGCCCUGGGAAUCGUCGGCGCCGGCGUCUGCUGGUCGACGCGAGCUCAAGGCCAAGCAGCGCGUGUACAGCCGUCGAGCGCAGCACCGGUUGGCUCUGACGCGACAAGCAGGUCGCUCGCUGCCGCGUCUGGAAGAACUGGCAGCCAAAUUCAAGCUGAACCGCUUCGAGCAGAACGUGAUCGUGAUGCUCAUUGGCAAGACCAUCUCUCCGGUCAUUAAGAACCUCAUCGACGGUGUGGACACGUCGCCCGUGCAGCGGAUGGACGAGAGCGUGAUCAUCAACCAGAUCCUGUCCAUCUUCUGUGAGACUUUCCAGGAGCAAGUGGCGCACCGAGUUUUCUUCUACAAGUCGUCGCGUCUACUUAGUCGCGGCCUCGUGAAGCUUCACAGAGGACGAUGGCACUCGACCGCGGGCGAUCUCGUGGACCAGCGCGUGGAGCUGGACCGUCGUGUGCUGGACUGGGUCGUUGGGCUUGAUACCGAGAUGAAUGAGCUGGUGGAAGGCUCGGAUCUGUACACGCCAAAGGUGCAGCUGGACCAGGUUGUGCUGCCUGAAGAGCACAAGAGCACGAUCUUAGAGACGGUGGAGAGCUACGAGAGCUUCCGGAGGUACCGCAAGAAGAGCGGGUUGGAGCAGGCUGGCAUGGCGUAUGGAGCUGGCCUCGUGUUGCUGCUGUGUGGCGCCAGCGGAACGGGCAAGACGAUGACGGUGAACGCUGUGGCUCACCACCUGAAGAAGCGAGUACUGCUAGUGGACUUCCCGUCGCUGCAGGGAAAACGUCAGGAAGGCAUGGAGACUGACGCCGACUUGCGCGGUCUCUUCCGUGAAGCGGACAUGAGUAACGCUGUGCUCUUCUUUGACGAGUGUGAGAACAUCUUCCGACAACGCGACGGCGGAGGCGACCGCCUCUUGAAUGCGCUGCUGACGGAGAUUGAGCGCUACGAAGGCAUCGUGUUCCUUGCGACCAACCGGCCGUUCGACCUGGACGAGGCCAUGCAUCGACGCAUCACUGCCGUGUUCGAGUUCAAGGCGCCCGACCACAUCCAGCGACGCAAGAUCUGGGACGUGUUACUGCUGCGUGGCGCUCUGAAGACCGAGGAAGGGAUCGACUGGGACGCCAUCGCUCUGAAGUACGAGCUCAGUGGCGGCUUCAUCAAGAACGCCAUCUUGUCGUCGCUUCUGAAGGCCAUUUCACGGAACGGCGAGGCGCCCGUGAUCUCCCAAGCGGACAUCGUCGCGGGCUGCGCGCUGCAGAUGCGUGGCAGUCUACACAUGAAGACAUUCGAUCACCGAGUUGUGCCCACGAGCGGGCUGGACGAGCUGAUCGUUGAGGACGCGGUCAAGGGCAAACUGCGCCGAGUCGUGCAGUUUGAGAAGGCGCGCAGUGUCAUCUACGGCCAGUGGGGCUUUGACUUUGGGCAGCCCAACAAGCAGCAGAAAGGGGGAUCGGCAAGCUGA